GCCGUAUGAUGUUGAAAUUUAACAUUUCCAGUUGCUCUCCAGCAGAAGCAUAUUAAUAGUCGCAAAAGCAUAUUAAUAAUCCUGAGAGAUUGUCACUCUCAGUACGAUGGCACGGUCACAAUCUGAGUAUCGAUUCCCCUCGCUGUCCUGUGAGAAGUGGACUCCAGGUCUCUCCUACCGUGAAGCUAACUGAAAGUUUCUACGCGACAGUGAAGACCGCGGAAAUCGCAUUUCAGAAAAAGCGAAAAUCCCUCGACCAUGCGCUUCUUUCAGCCCCUCGGAUUCCGCAAAGGAAGCUGCCUGCCUUGACAAUUCAACCCUCAUCUUGCGUCAGCAGGGGCAUUUGCUAACAGCGAUGAUGGUAAAAGCAGAACAGAAAGGAACUGCAUAAGAGGAGCCUGGUUCAUGCCCGCCUCAUCAGAUUACGUGCAAGGGGAUUAGUGCUCGCGUGCUGUGAUCAUGAUUCACUGGCAGCUUGUGAAGCCGACCGGGCCGGUCACCGCCACGGCGGCGACAGGGAAACAAGCCAAAAGCAGUCAACUAUAAGGCAUCUGACAGCUGUUCCGAUCACUGGUGCAGGAACAAGUUUCCCUCCCUAUAACUGCAACAUUGACGAGAGACUAAUCAGGAACAUGGGAUGACCGCCGACACGGAUCAACUGACUUGCGGUGGCUCGUGUUCUGCGGGUCUCGUUGCUACACCAAAAAAGAAAGACGACUAUUAGGAUCUUGUUUAGGCAUCCUGCAGUAUUCCGAGUCGUGCGCCAAAUCGUUUUCUGUUCGAGAAAGCGUUCCGCAGAUCUCAAGCGAACAGCGACGCGUUUCGGUACAUGCAACUGCGCUAGCACUUCAAUACCAGCGGCGAACCAGGCUGCCCGUUUCUCCCGCGUCUGGCCAUUGGUUCGGUGUGUCCUGAACUCGCUGGCUGCUUUGGUUAGGCUAACGGAUUUGCGCGUCUAUAUUCUUCACGUUCGGGCAGCGAACCAAUUUUCUGCCCGAUCGAAUGCUUAAGAAAACUUGAGUCCGCGGCUGGAAAGUGGUACUGUGUAGAAAGCCACAGGACUGGUUGUGUAGCUUGGUGUCUUCAGUUGGGAGAGGGCGGUCCCGCAAGCUGUUCGAGUCCUCGAGCGGCUUGCCUACUAGAAAAUACACGGACGCAUUUUGACAGAAGCAGUGAUUCCACAGAAGCACGGCGUUCGAUCGAGAGUAUGUCGUCAUCCAGAUUGGUACUCGUUUCCAAGAUGGUCGAUAGCUGUGCCCGGCUGGCGUGCUUUUGCAUAGGAUUAUUUUUCUGUCUCGCUGUCUGGCAGCAUCAAGCAGGUCAUGCCUACAGUGCAACUCACCACCAUGCAGUGAACAGUGACAACAAAUCCUUCAACGACUCUGCGCCCCACUGGACCCUUAACCAGGUGCUCCGGGAUGGCACGGUGCAGAGUGAAUCCCCAUCCUACCUGCAGCACAGUUCGCUUCCAUCUAACAUCAGUCCAGCACUCGAACUGGCUGCGCUAGGUCAGGAUCCCGUGAGACGUCGCCCACAACCGGUGCAAGUGGCCAGGACUGGUACCACUACGACAGGCAGAGUGCAGCUCGGUCGCCAAGUCGCGAGAGUUACACCGGAGGAGCUUGCAACGAUGGUAGAGCCAUCCUUGAAAGACUUGUUGAAUAGAAGCACUCUCCCUCAAACACCGUUCGUGAUUGAAACCUUGCGAGUGUUCGCAACGCCAGAGGGUGACACCUCUCUCCCAUACACCAUGGAGCGCAUUCUCGGGGCAGGCGCUGCUUCCAUUGUCAUCCAGGCUGUACAGGAAACUGUCCCACAAGAGCCAGCACGGCGGCGACGGUCCUGGUUUUCGAGGUUGAGGAAGUCACACGCUCCAGCGGAUACUCGUCCUCGUGUAGCGCUGCGGUUUCCUGUGGUGGACGUGCGUAAGAAGCAGCAAGAACUACCCGAAGUGCCUGAGGCAGAAUUACUGUCCCAGCUGGCGGAGGAGCAGUUGCGACUGGAAAUCCACAAAGUUGCACUGGUUUCGUCAGCUGCUGGGACCGAGGGCAAUUUUGAUAGUGAGUGGGGCUUUGCGCUACCCUUCAGGGUCGGACGUCUCUCCAACGAGGGGUUGGUGCUGGCAAUGGAUGGGUCAGGAAAGGCUAUUCUAAAUUUUGUUACGGUGUCACCUGCUAUGAUGUGCGAUCUUCACACUCUUCGAUCCAGUUCACGCACACCAGCCAUGGACGAGUUUGUGGUCAUGCGCGUUUUACAACUUGCCGCGAACUUGGAGAGAUUACAGCUGACGCACCUUGAUAUAACGGAUGAAAAUGUGCUCGUCGGUCGUGACGGGCAACUGUUUCUGGGGGGUUUCCAGCAUGUCCGAGCAAAGGACGGAGGUAUUUCUUGCGGGAAAAUCCCGUCUGUCACCUUCACUGACCCGCGGCUAGCCCACUGCGCCGUCAAUAACCCAGGCAGUUAUGCUGCCGUUAACCCAGCUGUUGACGCAUGGAUGGCUGGAAUGAUGUUGCUACGAUGGUUCUGCGGCGAUGUUUUUUUCAACCGAAGAUCAUCUCUUGCUGAGCCGCGCCAAGCGGUUCAGGUCCUGGCUCAGUUACAAGCAGACUUCAUUGCUGCCAACGACUAUAUGGUCUCUUUCCCUGCAUUCACACAAUGGGACAGAUGCAGACAUCACGUCAACGAAAGAUUCCAGUUUAUCAUUCAGAGCCUACUCGAUGUCAACCCCUACAAAAGGGGUGCACCGUCUGCUCAACUGACUGCGUACUUCCCCGUCACGGGGUAGCUUUCUCAAGGAAGCUGGUGUCCGGGUGUGGCGCCAUCCAGCAUCCGCUACGCGUCCACCGCAUCUGCCGUUGCGCAGUGAAUGUUUGUUCAUGGACGCCAUUUGUUCCGACUAACAGGUGUUGUUUCAUUCCUUUGUUCAGGAUAUUAAUUAAAUUUUGUGGCUACGCCCAUGAGAACAGCUUCUGGGUAAUGAUGCCGCUCUAUCCUCAGUGUCGCGGUGGAUAACAGUCGGCGAUCAGAGGCCACUUACUGAUACAGAGCCAACCUUCCUGAGUCUUGCUGCUGACAGAGGAGUGUUCGCAGCAAUCCUGGGGCAGCCCAUUAAGGUAAAUAACGCGUCCAAGUUCUCCGUAGCAGCACGAAGCUCUGAACCGGCGUUCCACACGCCGAACGGUACCCUCAUAUUUGACGCAGUCACAGCUACCGACGUUAAUUUGAAUCUCAACCAAGCGGCUGAGGCCUUUGACGACUCCGAUGUUUCAUCGGUAUCCACCGAUGGAUUUAACCCUGUCACUGCGAAUGGUUUGUGAACCCACCCACGCAUGGCUGAAUGUUAGUCACGCGUGAGGACCCCUGCAACUGAUCGAGCACAGAGUGAUUCACAGCUCUGGCUAUUAUGCCCUGUUCUCGUACGAGGUGGGAGAAGUCAACACGUGACGUCUGUGUGGUCAGUUGAAGCAACUGCGGCUGCCUCUUGCCUCCCGCUUCAUCCUUCCCUGUGGAGACUUGGAUGCAACCUGCUUUCUCUGAUCCUUUAGAAGGGCGCGUGUCUACUAGGAAAUCGAACAGAGACAUGAUAGUACCUAGGAUACUGACUAUGAAUCCAGUUAUGAGAUACAGACACACAAGUUCGUUAUGACUACUGUACACCACCACCCCACUGGACUGCUUAAGACAACCAAAAUUUUUGGAUUGCAAUAUCCUACUACAUUAAGGUCAUUCCACAUCGGUUACGUUCAAGGCGUAAUAGAUGAAUUACUGUUAUAACUUGUAUUUACAGAGAAAGAAAACUACUACUC